AAUCAAAGAAGAUGUUGGAACUAAAAGAAUAAACUAUAUCGGUUCCAAGAUGAAUUAAUAAAAAAUGCAUGUGACACCCCCACCAAAGAAACUCCCAUAGAAUAUAUGUUCCCCGACUUUUAAAUAUAAAACUACAAUCAAGACAUUAUAUAUUCUUUACUUACGUAAUGCAUGGGACCAUUAAGCACAAAAUUCACCACUAUUUAAUAGAUAUAUUUCAUACUAGAAGUGACCUAUAUAUAUAUAUAUAUACAUUAAUACAUUGAUCAAUAUCUGGAUCAAAAGAGAGAAUAAUGGGUACAAGAUCAGGUGAGACGUCUGAUGAGAAGACUUUGUUCAAUAAGGUGAUGGAGGGUGCAUGGAACGAUAUCAUAGAUGAUUACACUAGAGACCCAAAUUCUGAUCUGACCACUACUAAGAUCACUACCUCGGGCGACACCGCUUUGCAUGUGGCGAUUGCCAACGGCUUGGAAAGGGAAGCUACCAAACUGAUCAAGGCCAUAGCAACUAAAAGCGACAGUGGUCGACUCGAGCGAUUAAGAGAAGCACUCGAGGCUGAGAAUUACGUUGGGAACACACCAUUACACGUUGCAGCAUCACUGGAGACCACAACUAUGUGCAAAGAAAUUAUAGAUGAAGUGCGCAAUUUGGAGAAAGGUUCUCAUAACUCGGAAGUGGUGUCGUUAAUAUUGUUGAAGAAAAGAAACAAAGCCAAGGAGACUCCUCUGUUCGUGGCGGCGAAGAUGGGCAACAAUGAGAUUUAUUCCUUCUUGCUUUCGGUCUAUCGACACCCUCAGGACAGCCGGGACUGUCAAAGUACGUUCAACGACACCACUCUGCACCGUGCCAUCGCUGCCGAGAACUUCCGUUUAGCAUUUCAAAUAAUUUGCUUGUUCAAAGAUCUGUCCAACGGUAAGAGAUGUGGAUAUACUCCUCUCCACGUUUUAGCUUUCAAGCCCUCAGCCUUCUAUAGCUCUACCAAGCUAGGACGAUGGGAAGAAAUCAUCUACCAAAUGAUACACGUAGAAGAGAUGAAAGAAGAAGGAUCAUGUCAUGAAGGCAGUUCUUCCAAUUCGGUAAACCAGUAUAGUUGGGUCAAAUGUUGUUGUGAUUUUAUGCGACAUUGCGUUCCAUUAACUUCAGCACAUGACCAUGGAGGCUCACCUGAUCCAGAAUCAACAAAUGCUGACAGUACUCCACCACAAAAAACAGGCAACCAACCAGUAGCUAUGCCUUAUAAGCAUGUAUUAUUGAACAGGGCAACAAGAGCUCUUUCUUGGUUAGGAUGGGGCAGAGUAGAUGAACUAAGAAAACAAAAGGAGAAGCAUACAUGGUCAGUUCAAGUCAUGAAAAAACUGAUUGAUCAUAACAGUGAUAUGUAUAGAAAGGACCCUAACCGCACUACGUUUGGGCUUUUCGACGAAGAGGGUGAAGAGGAAAUUCUUCAACUUUAUAAUCAAGAAAUAAAGGGUUUCACUACUUCGGUGGAGACAAUCGUGAAGAAUUGGCUUACGGAUUUUUUGAGGAAAAAUAUUAUUAUGGAUUUUCUGAAAAUAAUAGGAGAGAAAAUAAAGCAAGAUAAUUCGAGGCUAUCAAUACAUGAAAAUUCAUGGUCUAUUAGUUUGGACUCUGUAGCUAAUGCGGUCCAAAAAUCCUUGCUGGACAUUGGAGAAAGUUUAGUGAAAGAACUUUCGACCAUUAUGGACACACAAGUAAAAGAAAAGGUUCAUAUUACCGGGAAGGAACUCUUGCGUCCUGUGCAGAAAAUAUGGCAAAAAGUUUCGGCAACAACAGAGAAUACUCUUCUGUCUUUUGAGGAAACAAUAGCCAAACAAAUUUUUGGGGAAGUAAAAUCACCAGACAGUCCAAUUUUGAUAGCGGCAAGGAGUGGUAUAGAGGAAAUGGUGGAAGCAAUUCUGAUGAAAUAUCCGGUGGCCGUGCAUGACAAAACCGAAAGAGAUAAGAGCAUAGUGUUGUUGGCCGUGGAAUGUAGGCAGCUCAAACUUUACAACUGGUUGCUAGAUCACAAGACAGAUGAUAAUGAUGAUCAUUGUAGUGCUAAAAAGGCUGUUGUGCGCGUUCCAACCAAUGCCUUUCGCAAAGUCGACUCCAAUGGAAACAGUGCUUGGCAUUUGGCUGCCAUGAAGGGACCCAAUUACCACCCAUGGCCCAUUCCUGGCGCUGCUCUCCAAAUGCAGUGGGAAUUUAAAUGGCUUAAGUAUAUUGAAAAGUCCAUGCCACCAGACUUCUUUGUACGCUACAAUAGACAGGGCAAGACCCCACAACAGCUCUUCUCCGAAACCCACACGCCUCUUGUGGAAGAGGGUGGCCAAUGGAUGAAGAGCACCGGCGAAUCAUGCUCGGUCGUUGCAGCCCUCAUUGCGGCCGUGGCCUUCGCAACUUCCACGGCCAUCCCUGGUGGCGUCGACGAUGAUGGAAAGCCAAAUUUGGGGGACCAAGUUGGGUUCAAGCUGUUCGCCGUUACUUCACUGAUCGCGCUAUGUACCUCAGUCACCUCUUUAGCCAUGUUUCUGGCUAUUCUAACGUCUCGAUACCAAGAAAGAGACUUCAAAGAAAACCUGCCGUGGAAGCUUCUUAUGGGGCUAGCGUCACUUUUCGUGUCAAUAGCUUCUAUACUUGUUUCAUUUUGCGCCGGCCACUUCUUCGUCGUCCAAGAUACUCUCAGGUAUGCUGCAUUUCCGGUGUACGCUGUGAUGUGUUUUCCGAUUUUGUUCUUUGCUUCGGCGCAGUUUCCACUCUACUUUGAUCUCAUUAAAGCCACCUUCCGGAGCCCUUUUGCAAAAUCGAGAGGAACUAAACACUUUCAACUAAAGAAGAAAUAGAGCAAUGUUCUCGUUUGAUAUUAUUCUAUAUGCUGUCAUUGUGGUUUGUGUUAAUAAAAGUGGGAAGUACUUCUCACUACGAUAAAAUGACAUAUUUAAGUCUAAGUAAUCACUUACGACAAUAAACUCUACUUGUGUGACUAGAGAUUGUCUGUUUUUAUAAUGUAUUGUGGUUUGAUCUGCUUGUUAUUGCGAUUUUGUAAGCUUGAAAUCAUUAUUCAAUAUAUUCCGAUUGUUAGU